GGCGUAGAGUAGCCAGUGAGUGAGUGAGUGCGGCGUACAUCCAUCCAUGUGCUGUGCAGGACACUAAUGGCUUGAUUGAAUGUCCGUCCAUAAUCAAUUCAACUAAGUGUGUGCUCAACUCAACAUCCAAGCCGGUGGAGUGGGCUGUCUGCAUUGAAUGUACAGAUAGAUUUCUAGACAGACAGCGGCAGCCAGACGUCGACUGCUCAUCUCAUCUGGAGGGACUGACUGCACUGCAAUGAUCGACCGACGACUUGACGACUGCAUGCACAGACAGAGGAAGGGAGGGAAGCAGCGUCGAGUCGAGGGACUGACUGGAUAAUCAGCUGAGAUGAGACGUCAUUCAAACAAAGAAAAUCACACAUCAGUCCGUCGUUUCAGUGUGUUGGGGGGAUAUAUGCCACAAACGCAACGCCCCCUGCUGUCCAUUCAUCAAUCGACCCACCCAUCCAUCCAUCUCUCUCUCAUUCUCAAAACUGCCUCACCACCCCAUCCGUCCGUCCGUCCGUCCACCCAUAAGAAUGCACCAUAUCAUCAGACCUCAUCAAACCUCGAGUCAAUCAACUUCUGCGCCUGCAGCAGGGCGAACCCCGUCACCACACCGAUGAGCGUCGCGAUCCACGAAAGCUGAAUCACCGGUAUCAUCUCGUCCGCCAGCGGCAGGGUCGACAUGGCGUCGAGGGCCGACGACGCAACAUCGCCCUCGGCGGCCGAUGCUGGGAGGGACUGCAGGAGGGGCACGAGGGAGGCGGCGAGGGCGGUGGUGGGGAUUGCUGCAUCUUCCACCCUCGGCGGUGACUUCAUUGACAGACCUCUUCGACGUGCCAGGGGGCUGGAUGACCUUGAAAGGGACCUGGGCACAGCCACACACACAGAAGAGGGUGAACAGCCUGCAGAUCUGCAGAUGGAUGGAUGUGCAGCUUACAGGGAGGGUUGUGACGGGACGAAAGCAGAGACAGCAGAGAGCGCCACAAGGGCGAGAGAGAUGCCGAUAAUCAGCUUCAUUCCGCUUCUCUCAGGGCCUGGCCUGCAGUGGUUGCGGGAGGAUGGGCCUUUG